AUGUUGACAGGAGAGGAAGUGGAGGACGUGGCUUUACCAGUGGUGCUGGAGAAACUGAACUUCAGCUUCAGCGUCGAAGGUUUGUUCCUUGAAAUAUUAGAACGGCGUGAGACUUUGCUGUCCCAAAUCAAAGAGAUUCGCCGUACUCGAGCUUUGCACCGUGCUUCUCGCAAGAGGCAUGGUCAAUUGGAUGAUCAACGUUUGGCCACUGUUGCUGUUGUAGGAUACACAAAUGCUGGAAAAUCGACAUUAGUUAGUGCACUCUCAGGGGCUGAUCUUUACAGUGAUUCUCGAUUAUUUGCAACACUGGAUACUAGAUUAAAAAGUGUUGUUCUUCCUUCAGGGAGGAAAGUGCUUCUUGGUGAUACAGUGGGAUUUAUAUCAGAUUUGCCGGUGCAGUUAGUGAAAGCAUUUCAUGCAACUCUAGAGGAAGCGGUGGAAGCUGACCUCCUUGUGCAUUUGAUUGACUCUACUGCUCCUAACAUUGAGGAGCAUCGAGCAACAGUGUUGCAAGUUCUUCAGCAAAUAGGAGUGUCAGAAGAGAAGUUACAGAAUAUGAUUGAAGUCUGGAACAAGAUUGAUUAUGAGGAAGAAAUGAGUGCUGAUGGUGAGGCUAGCAGUUUGUGGGGUGAUGAAGGUGGUGGCAUAGCAUCUGAGCUGUCAACAGGAGCAGAAGAUGUUGAGAUCAAUGGUUUCUCAGGAGGAAGUGAAGGAGAUUUUGAAGAGACGAUAGACAGUGAGCAAGAUGAUUACUCUGAUGGCUGGCUGUUGUCAGGAGAUGACCAAGAGAUGGUGGGUGACCAUUGGUUGAAGACUUUAGAUGAGCGACAAGGUGAGGCCUCAGAUGACUUGGGGAUGGAAAAAGACGUACAAUGGCAGGCUCAGCACGGCCCACAUGUCAAAAUAUCUGCUACUACAGGAGUUGGCUUGCAAGAAUUGCUGGAACUCAUUGAUGAAAGGCUGAAGACUCAGGAUGAGAAGUUAAGGAAACAGAACGUAGUGGGAAGGAGCUUUUUGAUCGAAAAUGGAGACCCCCACGUACGGAGGAGGCUGGCAUAG